GCGUAGGGGGAGAGGGUGCAUCGUCGAAGCGUUGGAGGGUUUGAGGCAGUGAAACUGGCUGGCCUACAAUGUCCGCUAGUAUGCGGAGCACUUUGCAAACCGUUCCAGAAUCAGUGCCGGCCGACCACGUCACAAACUCCAAAAGAACGCGACCUGCCAAGCUGCCUGUGGAAGCCGAUCCAUUCGGUCGAUGAAGGAUCCAUGUUGAAGAAUUGCCGCUGGUGCCGCACGACGUUCGAACAUUUUCCCAAAGUUUGCUGACGACGCGUGGAAAACUAUCGAAUCCCGCCGAGUGUAUCUCUUCUUUCUCGCGACGAGAGAGAAAGAGAGAGAGAGAGAGAGAGAGAGAUAGAGAGAACGUUCGAACGUGAUAACCUCUUCGUCGAUCGACCAUGGAGGGUCGAGAAAGUCUGUUCUCUCGAGCCCAAUCGAGCAGAAGCUCGAUUCGAUCGCAAACCGAGCGGCAGAGCCUCGAAACGCCGAACGUCGCGACGACGGAGAACAAGCAACGUCAGAUCGGUGGAUACCGAUCCGCGAACAGAGAACCGACGAGUCUCACCUCGGCCCCCGGAAGGUACGUGGCGACAGCUCGUACACCGAUGGACAAUUUGAAGCAGUGGGAGUUGGUGGAGCACGAUCAUCGUCUCCAAGUGAUAGAAAAGGGAAGCAUGGCGAAUCCUUCGACGAAGGGUGGUGUCGUCAAACGUUCACCGAGCGUCGCUGGCAACGACGCGACAUCGAUCGCCGGUAAAAAGGCUGUCGCGAUCGAAACGAGCCUCGAGGAGAAAUUGAAGGCGUUCAAAAACUCGAACAUCGUUCAACCUAUCGCGGUUCGUCCUCGACGCGAUGACGAUUGUUCCGACAGCGACGCCAAACUUCCGGUUAAACUCGAACUGAUCCUGAAACAGCGAAAAGGUUCGGGCGCAGAGAGUACGGAUAUGCUUCAACGAUUGGAGCAGCAGGUCAAGGCCAUCGAAAUGGACACUCUCGCAGCCAGAACGCGCCAGUUGGAGAUCAGCUCGGAUUUCGAGCCAGAAAUUCUAUACACGGACCUUCGAUACAGGGAACACGAGGAUCUACUUCGAAACGUGACGGAUGACGAAGCCGAGGGGGCCUCUCCGUUGCAUCGAGGAGACGCGACGAGGAACUCGACGGGAAACGCGGGUGUUACAACGAAGAAAGCGACGACGAAAUUGUCAAGGACAGCCUCGGACACGAGGCGAGCACAGGAAGCGGAAGUGCCCCUUCGAGCGCAGACUAGGAUGGUGCAGCAAGCGCGUGCGUUCGUCGCGGCACGGGCCAACAACAACGCGAAGAAAGAUCAACGGCAGCAACAACGGCGACAAACCAAUGCGGUUAACAACGCGAUCAAACCGUCGUCAGACAUCAUGCAGAAGAGUGGCAUAAAUGAGAAGGAGACAGGGGAUGGCGUGGGAGUGUCGAGUAGCGGUGGUCGACUCUCGUCUCGAAGUCGGACCUCGGAGGAGCCCCACAUCGGCAAGUACAAAUUACUCAAAACAAUCGGCAAAGGUAACUUUGCCAAGGUAAAGCUUGCCAAGCACGUGCCUACCGGGAAAGAAGUGGCUAUCAAAAUCAUCGACAAGACUCAAUUAAAUCCCGGUAGUCUUCAAAAGCUGUUCCGCGAAGUCAGAAUAAUGAAGAUGCUCGACCAUCCGAACAUAGUGAAGCUUUUCCAAGUAAUCGAGACCGAGAAAACAUUGUACCUGGUAAUGGAGUACGCUAGUGGUGGUGAAGUUUUCGACUACUUGGUUUUGCACGGUCGAAUGAAGGAGAAGGAGGCUAGAGCAAAGUUCCGGCAGAUCGUCUCUGCCGUGCAAUACUGCCAUCAAAAGAAGAUCAUUCACAGGGACUUGAAGGCGGAAAACUUGCUACUCGACAGCGAGAUGAACAUCAAAAUCGCAGAUUUCGGUUUCAGCAAUGAAUUCACUCCGGGCAAUAAGUUGGAUACCUUCUGCGGUUCACCUCCUUACGCAGCACCCGAACUUUUCCAGGGUAAAAAGUACGACGGGCCCGAAGUGGACGUUUGGUCGUUGGGAGUGAUAUUGUACACAUUAGUGUCCGGAUCACUGCCCUUCGACGGUUCGACGCUGAGAGAACUGAGGGAACGAGUACUACGAGGAAAAUAUCGAAUACCGUUUUACAUGUCCACGGAUUGCGAGAACCUGUUGAAAAAGUUUUUGGUGCUCAACCCGACGAAACGGGCCUCCCUAGAGACUAUUAUGAAAGACAAAUGGAUGAACAUGGGAUAUGACGACGAUGAAUUAAAACCGUACUUAGAACCUGAACCUGAUUAUAAAGACCACAAGAGGAUAGGUGAGUCUGCCAAGGCCCUGGCUAGUAUGGGGUACACGAGAAGCGAAAUAGAAGAUUCCUUAGGACAGGCAAAGUACGAUGACGUAUUCGCCACGUACUUACUCUUAGGAAGAAAGACAACCGAUCCUGAAUCCGACGGCUCGCGGUCAGGCAGUUCAUUGUCGCUGCGCAACAUUCCACCGCAAGCUGGUUCGGGAGGCGGCGGCGGCGGCGGAGGAGGUGGCGGAAGCGGCGGAGGCACAGGUGGCGCUGUGCAGAGUCCGUCGCAUAGAGGUGUUCAUAGAAGUAUUUCCGCUAGCAACCCAAAACCAAGUAGACGAGUCUCGUCCGGUCUUGAAACGCUUCGAGCAGCACCAAGUCCAGGAAACGCAACGAACCAUAAUCACGCGACUGCUACGACUGGUGGAACAGUGACUGGUGGCAGCGGUAGUAAUUUUAAGAGACAAAAUACCGUGGACGCGGCCACCAUCAAGGAGAAUACCGCUCGUGUUUCUGCGAGUCGACCUUCGGCUCCUAAAAACAGUCCUGGCCAAUUAGAUACUAUGACAAUGUUCAUUCUAGGCGUGGGUACAAGUCCCGGUGGUAGGGCAUGGGCAGGCAAGAGCAAUACGAUGAACGCAGGGGUAGGUGGUGGUCGGCCUCUUACCUCACCUGCCCCUGGUUCUGUUGGUCGACGUAGUACCAUCUCCUAUGAUCAAGCGAAAACGUCCUCCUCGUCUACCGAAAGAACCAACGACGCACCCAGCCUUGGCGAGGGCACUAGACCAACGCGGGGUCACACCAAGUCUGCGAGCAUCAGCGCAGGUCACCGUUCCUCGAGUGGCGUACCCCCCAGCGACCAUUCACUACUGGACCCUCAACCACGCAACGCCCACAACUCCUUACUCGCCACUGCUGACCCUCUUAGACAGAGUUUGGGUGUAUCUCCAAGCAAUAGACUGGCAACGCCUACAACACCGGCAUUUCCGAGAAAUGUUCCAAGCCGUAGCACGUUCCAUUCUGGCCAGAAUAGAGCUCAGCGAAAUCAUACUCAGGGUCAUACGCAUACACAGGACACAAAUGCAAUUAGUCCAUUAGCGAGACCGUCCUUCUUCUCCAAGUUAUCCUCGAGGUUCUCCAAACGGUUUUCUAAGUGAAGGCUGAAGUCUCGCCUUGUUUCCCUCGAGCCGAAAUGAGAGCGAGCCGCACGCUGAAUAUCAAGCAACGGCAAUAUACAGACAUUUUACCGGCACAGUAAUUAAAGUCCGAUCGACCGGCCGACUAUAACUUCUAACAUUAGCGUAUUCCUAUUAUUUUCUUUUCUUUCUGUCUUCAUUUGUCUGAUGAUAAUUUUUACUUAGAUUUUGUAUCAAAGACAUAUAUCGAGAAAUGGUUAAAACUUCGUAGCGAUGAUACAUCGUAAAUUCGAGGAAAUAUGUUGGAUAUCGAUAAUUUUUUAAACUCGCUCGUCGAUCGUUUCGCGAGCAAAAUUCUCCGGAGUAGAACCACGUAAUUUUAUUCGUCACUUCGUUACGCCAACACGCUUCAACCAUCGCUUUAUUCGAUCUCUUGUUAUUAAUCGCUCCCUUUCAAAUCCGAGAGAAUGGGAGAACAGCUAACACACGUUAUCGCAAUAAUGACCGAGCGUUACGAGUUCUAUCGACUCUUCGUUCUUUGUUUCUCCAUUACUUAUCAGUGUCUGUUCCUUUUUUCUAUCGAUAUCCAAAAUAUUUGUUGCCUUACGUCGGAAAUAAACGCGAAUUAUGUUUAAGUUUGCAAUUGUUACAUUUCUAUUCGAUACUGAAAGCAAGAUAGACUCGACUGAAUCAUCGACUAUAAGAAGAUUCUUAUAUCGAUUCUUUUCUUUAACCGAAAAUGCAUUUUUUUUUUUUUUUUUUUAUACGAAUGUACAUGUAUGUCGCAAUAUACAUAUGCGUGUAAUUUAUGUAAAUAUAUGACAUAUAUAGUUUCAUACAUUUCAUGAUAUGUAGUUUCAGUAUUUGCAUUCGUAAAGUAUUUUGUACAGCUUCUUAACGUAACGAUGAAAAUAAAUUAUAUCUCAGAAAAUGGAAAAAGAACCGAGAACAAUUCAAUGACUCGUCGAACGUACAAGAAUUCGGCGACGAAUUCUCAAAGAAUCGAUAUCAGACACGUUGCACCCGUUUAUCGGCUAACAAGCAGCUUUCGCAUUCGUUAUUUUAUAUUCGUUAUAUUCCCUUUUUACAUUUGACACUCUUAUCCUAUCUAACGUUCGUGCUUCGCACUCCGUUGUUACGAAUCGGUCGAUCCGAUUCCAUCGACACGCGAUGCAUUUUCUUACUUCUAUUCCGAAUCGCUACGAAACACGAUGUAACGUAUAUCAUCAAAGGCAUUCCAUUGUAUUUUCUCCUCCGCAUGCCUUUUUUUUUUUUUUUAACAUACUCGCCGUAACGAAACGGCAACCAUCCGUUGCUCGUCGACUUAUUUAUCCUGGAAAUUCAGAUUUCCUUCAGACACCUUCGAAUUUCGAAUUGCAGCUCAAUUCUCGAGUUCGAGUUGCGUAAACGAACAGCAAACUAUUCCGUUGCGCGGAUAUGCAUUUUCUUCCUACCGCUAAACAGUUUAUUUAGCAAAGAAAUAUUAAUAGUAAUAAUUACGAUAACAAACGGACGAGGAAAAUGAAAAGAGAAAAAGGAGAAAAAAGAGCGAAGCGACAUCAGGUUUUCCAUUUCUUUUGCAUUAAAGCAAUACGAUAUUGUUUCGUAAUUGAUCUCAAUACUAAGCAAGUGCGAGGCAAAAGUGAAAGAAUAAAGAAAAGGUCAAGUUUUAAAACAAUGGGUUAUCUCUAGCGUCCAAGAGAAACGCGACUUUUGUUAAAAGAGAAGAAAGGGGGGAAAAAGAAAGAGAAGAUGUCGAAGAUUUAAAACGAACAAGACUCGAACGGUUUGUUCCAUAUUUUUAUAUGCGAUAUUAUCUUAUCGCAAUUGAUGUAGUACGCUAGUUAGUUAAUUUAGUAAAAUCAUAUACAAUUUAUUUUUUAUGGUAAUCGCGAUUUAACAGAAAAUUACCUAUUCUUCAAACGUCCUUUUUUUUAACGCAACAAUGUUUCACGUCCGAUGGUACGAAUUCGUAAACUUCGAAGUCGUUUUUCCACUACGAUCGAUGUCAUAUUUUUGCGAAUACCUAUUUGUUUUAUAACUUGUACGAGAGAUACGUAAGCAAACCACAAGAACGGAGCAAACAGUAUCCUAUAUUUAAAUACGAGCGUCCUCUUUGUCAAAUAAUUGUCAGGUAAUUGAUCGUCUAAAUGGUCUCGAAUAUUGCGUAAACCAGAUCAUUGUCGAAACUGCGUGCCUUCCUCUUUUCGAUGUUAUACAUUUCAUGCGUAUUUUUACUAUAAAAAAAAAAUAGAAAAAGAAAACGAGAAAAAGGAAAGAAAAAAGAGAAAAAGAGAACGAUGAAACGAAUACGAAUACUAUGCACUAGUUUUUCAAGCAUCGAUACAAAUUUCACACAGUCCGAUGAAAAUGCGUAAUAUGUACAUACCGAACGAUACGAUAACUACCAUUACUUACAAAAGAGAGAAUAAGAAAGUAAAAUAAAGAUUUGUAAUACGUUGUGGUGUAAGUGAAGAAAGAAAAGGAUCAUAUGAGGAAAGUGGGUGCCUGAUCGAGCGAACGAGCGAAAGAAUGAAUGAAGGCCUUGGGUGAAUUUAACGAUUAAAACUGCCGUAAGUCUUUUUGUUUUGUCACGAGUUUUCGUCGAUCGAACGAGGUUGCCUGCUGGUAUACAAAAGUAUCUUUUCGCGCGUUAAUUCCAACGUUUUUCUCAAAUCAAAGAAACAGUUCAUCGCGAUUAAUCAUCGACCGAAAAUUUCUUUUAUUAUUCUUUUAUUAUAGUUACUCUACCUAAUUUGGUAAUCUUCGAUGUCAUACGACGCGCGUUCGUAUAGAAUCGAAAGAAAACGUUGGGUUCCAUUGAAAAAUUCUUUAGAUCCCGGCGAUGGAAAGGAAAAAUUGAUAACGUAUUCCCAAGAUCUCCAAGUAGAUUGCUAGUUUACGCGCACGGGAGAAAGAUACAGGAAAUGGAAUUUAAGCAUCUCGAAUUUGUCGUGUAUAUUGUAAUACGUAUAAAGAUAGGAGGGAUAAAGGAAAAGAGAAAUGACACCAACAACGCAAGAUUUUAUACGCAAGAUUUACCAAUAUAGCACAUCUGUAAAUGAUAUUAAAUGCUCUUUGCUGCACUCCAGCUCUCAUCCAACUGUUUAAACGUCUGGCAUUUUUCUUUUCUCUUUUUUUCUUUUUUCUUGAUUUUUCCCCCCCUUUCGUCGAUGGAUCUUUGACCGAGAACCGAUCAUUUUCAUGGAUCUAUCUGAAAGGCGAUUACUUUAGAUCUUUACGAUACGGAGGGCAGUAAAUAGCUAAUAGAAAGUGAAUAGAAAUAUUAUUUAAAAUAAUUUUAAGAAGCAAUAAUAGUAAUAAUUUCAUAUUAAUAAAUAUGUUAAAACUGCCUUAUA